AUGCUAGUGCGGUUAGUGCCAUUGUUGUUGUUGGUUGUGUCACGGUGUAGCAGCUCCGAGUUGCGCAACGAAAUCCGCCAAUGGGCCGAGGAUUUCUUUCUGGAGUAAGUGGGGCGGAAGGACUUGAGGUUCGCGGCCAAUUUGACGCCGCUUUGAGAGGCUUCGGGUUGUUGUACUUGGUUUUCGAGGGUGGUACUAUAAUGUAUAAGAUUUGUAACAGCAUCUUUGGCUAAAGUUUUGCUAUUCAUAUUCUUUUUUUGACUAUAAUAAUAUUUUUUACAACUUCUAAUGAUUUUUAGUUGCAUUUUCUGCAUGGACUACGAUGACUACAAAAGAAUGAGCAUCUUCGGAUGUACCCUCAAGAGUACUCCGACGUGCAAAGGAAACGUCUGUUAUAUGAGUAGGUUCUUAGUUACCAGUUAUCACAAGAUUUUUAUUAUUUUAAUUUUAUAAUUCUUAAUGAAUUGCUCUUUAAAUUAAGAUUUUAAUAUUUGAUGACUCAUUGAUGUGUCGUUCUUAACCUUACUCCUAUGUGCCACUUGUGGAGGUUGAACUUUAUUUUAUCAUUUAUGACUUCAUUCCUAUUUUUAUGCUUCAAUCUAUUUUAAGCGUUUGCCUUCAUCUCCUUUAAUCUUCUUACAGGGCAACACAAACAAGGCAACUACUUUCUUUACACGUCCGGCUGCCUCAACCUGACUCAAGCUCAAUAUGACAAUAUCCAUGGCCUCAUCCACCUCCCCAAUGUAGCGCCAGACCGGGAAUCCACGAAUGCUACACAACUCUGCGAAGUAAGUUCUACCCGAACAAAGCCGGCUUCUUUAUUAUUACAACUUCUGUAACUUCUCGCGUAAACAACUUGUACAUAACAAUAAUAUAAAAUUGUGUUAGCACGUCAAUCGAAGCGGAAUCCUUUUUGAGAGAUAAUAAUACAAGGAAGUCGAUACUUUUGGUACAAAGCAAGCUUUACUUUAGUAUAAUGGAGUUUAGAAUCAUAAAACAGAUAUUUUCAAUUAUUAAGACAUAUUGUAGUAGAUAUUUGUCUUUAAGUAAAAAAGUUGGCUAAUCAUAAACUAAAAACCGAAAAAUUACGAAUUUACAUUCAGGUGACCAACACAAUAAACACCUGUUUGUGUACCAACAAGUUCUCGUGCAACAACGUAUCCUCGGUGGAGCCCUUCACCGAGUACACUAUACCUAUAUUCACGGAUGUCAACUUUGACGAAGUCGCUCACUUCAGAUACUUUCUGCCCGACGAUCCCAUUCUGGAGUCGAUUCAACGAACAGGACCUCGGGACGAGUACUUUUUAAUUAAAAGUGUUAAUCAUGUCUCGGGAACUCGUGUACAAACCGCCUCAGGACUUUUAACUCUAAUUCUGCUGUUAAUGAUAAAUGUAUAUAUUUUGUGA